UAACAGUUUAUGUUGUACAGCAGCCCGACUUUUCUUGCGCUUGUAUAGAUUUUCUUUUAUAUAGUAAUUUAAUAUUUUCUGUUUACCAGACGCUUUUCUACUUUUGGUUUCAAUUUUGAACUCUGUUGUAGUGUCAAAGCACUGCACUCUGUACAAUUAAAACGUUACCAUUUACCGAACAAUCUAAAAAGUUUGGCGGAUAAAUGCGAUAAUACCAAAAAAGCCGACUGCUUUACCUUUUUCUCUCUUGGUGAAUAGCUAAAUCAAAAUGUUCCCGAACGACGAUGGCGCAAAAGUUUUACCAAAAUGUCGGAUUUGCGGUGCGAAAUCCACAGGGAUUCAUUAUGGUGUGAUCAGCUGCGAGGGGUGUAAGGCAUUUUUUAAACGAGAGUCUGUUAAAAGCACGAAAUAUGUGUGCUAUUUUGGAAAUGCUUGUCCUGUUGGUUCGGUGGCGCGAGGAAGAUGUCGAGCCUGUCGCUACAGGAAAUGUUUGCAAGAAGGAAUGGUCAAUUUCAACAGUCCUAAUGCCAUCGUCGGAUCUGCAAAAUGCACAUCGAAGUUUUCCGGCAGAGAAAAAUCGCGAAACUGGAAUUCAGCUACAACUGCUUUUGAUUACGCUGUAUCGAAGCCGAGUGCAGUUGUUAAAGAUCUGCUUCCGCGAGUCGACAUAUUUCGUUUUAUUCAAUCGGACACAAGCGAAAAAUCUGAACAAAGGUCAGCCAUUGCAUAUGACCGGUCACUUCUGUUCUGUAAAGACAUCGGCCCAGAAAGCCUCCAUAAAAUACAACUUUACGAUAAAUUUCCUGGUUUCCGAAUCAAAAUCAACCUUGACGAGAUACAAACAGCGCCAUACCGCGCUGACUUUCAAGCCGAUUUUCUGCACGGCUCCGAAGAGAGCCUGAACAUCGAUACCACCAUCCGAUCAGUAACCAAUGCAUUUUGUCGCUCUUAUAUGGAUCAAAUCGAUCUUUGGACGGAGUACGCCCGGAGAACCUUGAUUCUGUGCGAAGUUCCGAAUCAACCGGAAACUACCCUGCCCAUGAUGAUACAUGCGCUGAAGCAUGAGUUUCAGGGGGAUGCAGUGCGUGCCGAUGAUUUCACCAAAAGCCUCCCCGGUUUCACGAAACUGAGCCAUAAACACCGAACGCAAAUCGUCCUUGAACGCUCUUUUGAUUUCUUUCUGAUUAACCAUGCGGCGUACAUGCAAAAAGAGGAUUACUACUGGUGUGUGGGCCCACAUGGAUUCCAUUUUAACAAAUACUGGAUGAAACAAUUAGUCAAUCAGGACUGGAUCAAUUUCAUUGAAUUAGCCGCAUCUGAAUUCAACAAACUGCACCUGACUAUGACGGAACGCUACUUGUUUCUAUCAGCAAUUAUUCUCCGUGCCGGCACCAUAUCCGUUGAGAAUAAACUGAAAAUGUCCUUUAUCCACGCUCAUUACUUGGAUGCCCUGCUUUCGUCAGUCCGCCGACGCCUGUCACCAUCUGACCUUAGCCAGCUAUUUCCGCGUCUCCGGCAGGUAAUGGGCCGGAUUAUCAGUGUGGCCAACAUGGAUAGCAGUUAUUACCUCGCCUUGGAUCUCAGCUCCAUUCCCUUCGAUCGCAAUCGGGAUAUCCGGCAGUUUAUGCUGGAGGAUAACCCCGAGAAUGUCUUUAUUGCUCAUUGGUUGAAUUCGUCCAUUGAGGAAAUCGCAGAUUAACAAAUACACAGCCAUAUACUGAUAUUGGCUUCAUUGAUCGCAAUUUUUUGGAGAUGACUUUCAUCCAGUAAAUUUAUUUUUGCACGCAUUCGUGUACUGAAAGAGUAUCUAUUUUACUGUAUUUUAUUUUUGUAUUUGUCAAAAUUUUUAACAGAUGUUUUUGUGGUGAGAACUCUAUCAGAUGGAAAUUUUCCUGACAGAA